AACAGAGCUAGCUGAGCCGUUGCAAGCGGCUGGAGAAAAAGACGCGCCCGUGGAUUAUGAGGGUGACGUCAUCGUCUUGACCUAUUCGGCAACAUGGCUGCGCCCCGAACGUCCUUAGCGGUGGAUUCCUUAGACUUAGGGAGCUUUCAAACCGUUUCCUGCCACGAUUUUCUCGAGUUCCAGGAUGUGCUCAAGAAGAUGCGAGUCAUGGACGAUAAGAUCGUGUAUGCUUUGAAUACGUCUAUUCCAACAGACUCCUUCAAAGGACAGAUCAAUCCGGAGACCACCUGCAAGGACCUCUAUGAACAGUUGCAGAAGAAUUACUCGGCAAGAGAAGCAGCAAUAAAGCGUUGCCUUGGAGUUGUGUUGACAGAUGUGUCUGAUAUUAAGAGACAGCGUGAGAAGGACCCAGACAAUAUCAACCUCCUCAAGGAGCUUCGAAAGCAGCAGACUAAGCUGAGGUUGAUGCAGUCAGAGCUGAAUGUAGAAGAAGUAGUGAAGGACCGUACCCUGAAGGUGUUCUAUGAGAGGUGUCGCCUACAUUACAAACCGCCAGACAUCAGCCACUUAUGAUAGUAGAAGUCAUGCUAGCAGUGUUUUGGGGGUCUCCAUGUAGUACCAUGGGUGCUAUCCUCCUCUUGG